CUGAGACAUUUUUAAGAGGAACAUACACACCAAAUUUUUCUACAUAGCCACUCCAUGCCUUUCAAUAGCUGAUAAUCAGCUAGGACAUUUUUUUAUUUACCUAAUCGUAAUUAGGCAGAAAGGUGUUUUUACAUUGUUAUUUAACCACUCUACAAAUAAUGCCUAUAUUGCAAUGACGUCACAGCAACAAUAGACUAAAAAGUUGGGAACACAACGCCAUCUGGUACCAGAACCUAUAACUAACUACAGUUGAUCGAUUUGAUUUAUAAAACUGUUUGCUACAUAAGUGGAAAGAUGGCGCCAAGUGUACACAUAGAUAUUUUUAUUGCGAAGAAAAAAUUCUCUGCAAUGAUAUUUGUCGGUACACUAUUCCUGUCAGAUGAGUAAAUAAUACACUUACAUUAAUAAUGACUGCGAUCAAGUAUCAAAAAAUAAAUCGGGCCCUGUGAUAUGCCUUUAAAGAAGACGAUCUCGCCUUUUGAAGCUAUCUUAUGAAUCAAAACAUAUGACAUAAUACAUACGAAGAGCAGUUAAAAUUAAUAUUCAACACCACAUUAAAAGGUAUGUGCAAAGAAACAUUUCAAUAAUGGGAUUCAAUGAAACAGAAUACGGCCUGAAAUAAUAUUGGUUUACCACAAGCACAAGUUUUUUGAAUUUCAAAUUAAUGAGGACAAUAACUAGACCUACUAUAAAUUAGGAAGAUUUUAAAAUUUACAUUUACUUGCUGAUUGGUAAGGGCAGUCGGCAUCACCUAUCAUCAUGAUGUCAACUACAGUGUUUUUGAUACAGAUUUUAAUUCUCUGCAGUGUACCUGGCAUCUUCAGCGAGGACAUUAUAGUGGAAAUAGCUCAGGGUAAACUGUCCGGUUCACAAGAGACAGCCAUCGUUAGCGGCACACCAUUCUACAGUUUCAAGGGGAUCCCUUACGCGAAGCCACCAGUAGGCGAACUAAGAUUUAAGGCUCCUGUAGAGGCUGAUUCAUGGGAAGGUGUAAGAGAUGCCACAGUGCACGGAAACGUGUGUCCUCAAUUUAAUCCAAUUACCGCAGUCUACACGCCUGGUAGCGAAGAUUGUUUGUUCCUCAAUGUUUACUCACCAAACCUGAACGGUUCCCUACCGGUAAUAGUAUGGAUUCACGGAGGAGCAUUCUUAUUUGGCUCUGGUAACGACGACUUGUAUGGCCCUGAUUUUCUAAUCAGUAAAGAUGUAGUUGUAGUCUCAUUCAACUAUAGACUAGAAGCAUUAGGAUUCCUCUGCCUUGACACAGAAGACGUUCCCGGUAACGCUGCUUUGAAAGAUCAAGUUUUAGCUCUCAAGUGGGUGCAACAGAACAUUGCUAAGUUUGGAGGAAAUCCCAAGGAAGUGACAGUCAUGGGAGGUACUGCCGGAGGAGCUUCUGUCGCCUACCAUAUCAUUUCUCCAUUGUCUAAAGGUUUAUUCAAGCGAGCUAUUUCAUCGAGUGGAGCUCCUGCUUGCGAUUGUCUCUAUCCUUACGAACCUAAGAAGAGGGCAUUCCAACUUGGAAAACUGUUGAGACCAAAUCAGACGGAAAUAAAAGACACAGAAGAACUUCUCACUUUCUUACAAAGCGUGCCUUACGACCAAUUAGUUAAUGUGCAGCCCAGAAUUCUAACAUCAGAAUCAGUUUCAAACGUUCUUCUGAAAUUACAAUAUUUCACACCAGUAGUAGAAAAAGACUUCGGAAAAAACAAAAACUUUAUCACAAAAGAUCCUUACGACUCACUUAAAGGUCAGAAUUUCAACGACGUCGAUGUUAUGUUCAGUUACAGCAGCGGGGAGGCCACUUUGUUGACAGAACUUCUUGAGACAUCAUACAUAGACCUGUACAACACUUAUCGUGAAAUGUUCGUCCCCAGCAAAUGGAUAGUCAGCUUGGAGCCAGAAGUUAACCUAGAACUGGCUGAUCUCAUCGUUGACUUCUACUUCGGCAACAAAUCAAUCAUUACCACCGAAGUUAUUCCAGAAUUUAUUCAUUAUGACAGCAUAGUAGGUCUUGCUUAUGACAUCCAAGCUUUCUUUAGACAAGUAUCUGACCGUCUAGGAACAUAUUUCUUCAAAUUCUCGUACUUUUCAAGCAGAAACCAGUACGGCCAAGCCGGACUCAAAUAUGGUCUCCGUUAUGCAUCACACUUUGACAUUGAGUUUUACUUGUUCAACCCAAAAUCACUAAACUUGACACUCGAAGAAAAUACUGAAGAAUACACGAUGGUGCAGAACAUUACAACAGCUGUUACUAAUUUCGCCAAAUAUGGAGAGCCAAGUCCUAGUGGAUCGCUCGGAGUGGACUGGCCUAAGUUCACUAAAAAGAGCUUGGCCUACGUGAACUUCGGCACCACUCUGGAGUCAAGCAAAGGUGCUGAUGAAAAAGAUAUGAAAUUCUGGCAAGGUCUCUACGAUCACGUCAAGAAGAUUAAGGGUCUCUCUUCAGGAUGGAGGUCUGUUCUUUCCUUUUUCGAGAGAUUUUGGUAAUAAUCAUUAAGUCUAAUAUUAAUUUAUGGAUAAAUUAUGUCCGAAAUAAAAAUGUAAACCAGUUAA